UGAACAUGCUCGCACACAGCACCCUGCUCCUCCUCACCCUCGCUCUGACUGCACAAGAUGCAGUGCAUGCAGGAAGGAUCAUCGGUGGAAAAGAAGCCACGCCCCACAGCAGACCGUACAUGACUGUGGUGGAGAGACAUAUGUCCAAUGGACGCAUCACUUACUGCGGAGGCUUUCUUCUGAGAGAGGACUUUGUGAUGACCGCGGCCCACUGUACUGGCAGUUCCUACAAGGUCAUUUUAGGAGUGCAUAACAGGGAACAACUAGUCAAUACACAGAAGAUCUCUGUGAAGAAGACCUUCCCUAAUGAAGGAUAUGACAAUGAUACUUACAGAAAUGACAUAUUGUUACUCAAGUUAAAUUUGAAAGCAGAGCUUACCUCUAGUGUGUCGCCCAUUGCUUUGGCUGGGCCAGAGGAUGGAGAACCGCAGAUGUGCAGUGUGGCAGGAUGGGGACGCUCAGAAAACUCUGGAAAAAACCUGACCGAUGUUCUCAUGGAGGUGAAUGUCACUCUGGGACCCUGUGAAUUUGAGAAUGGAGAUACUUACUUCUACUGCAGCACGGGCAGAGAUGGCAUUGGACGGGGAGACUCUGGUGGCCCCCUGGUGUGUGGAAAUCAAGUCUAUGGCCUGGUGUCAGCAAAGAUAGAACAUUUCGAUAUACACUUGUUUGCUAGGAUUCAAAACCAUUCAGAAUGGAUUAAAAAGAUCAUGAACGAUGUAUAAAAUGUACUUAACCUUUUCUCACUACAAUGGAUUGAUUACCUACAGACAUGCUAUUAUUAA